AUGACAUAUUCACAAAGACAAAAGACACCAGUAAUCCUUAAAAGGUCGCAUAAUCAGAAUAAGAAUAAUGAACGCAGCAGUAGGAUGAGAAAGGCCAUGUCAAAAAAACUGACUCUUACACAACCUAAACAUCCAUUAAAAAAUCCAGUAAUCAUGAAAAAAGCAACUAAACCACAAACAUCUUCAUUAUCAUCCAUCAGCCGAUCAGACUCUUUGUUAUACAGCCCACAAUCAACUGGGCUAGUUUAUGAUGAACGUAUGCUGAAACACAAACAUGAAUGGUUCAUUGAAGAACAAGAAAGUCCACAUCGUAUACAACAAGCAUUUCAACGUUGUGUCGAAGAGAAUUUAGUAUCUCGAUGUAUACGAGUACCGGCUUAUUCCAUAAGUGAAGAUGACUUGGCGCUUGUACACGAUAAAUCGUAUAUAACGAAAAUUAAAAAAUCCGCUAAUAUGUCACAUCGUGAACUGUAUGCAUUAUCUGGACAAUAUGAUGGGGUAUUCUUUAAUCAAUCUACUUGGCUGUGUGCAAAAUUAGCCGCUGGUAGUGUGAAACAUCUAGCCCAACUGGUUUUUACUGGAAAAUUGACUAAUGGCUUAGCCCUUGUUCGUCCACCCGGCCAUCAUGCUAUGCAAUCUGAAGCUUGUGGUUAUUGUAUAUUUAAUAAUAUAGCUGUAGCAGCGGCCAGUUUUCUCCAGCCUAGAAAGCUUAACUCGUCUAGUACUAUUUCAAAACCCAAAGAUUCACUGGAUGGAGAGGUAGUCUCAGCACAACGUAUACUCAUUGUCGACUGGGAUGUACACCAUGGACAAGGGACACAGUAUACUUUCUACGAUGAUAACCGUGUUCUGUUCAUUUCAAUUCAUCCAAAUUAUGAUUUUAUUGGUAAAGGUUCAGGCAAAGGCUAUAAUAUUAAUAUCCCAUUGGAAGAGAUUGGGAUGACAGAUUCGGAUUAUUUGGCUAUAUUUCAUCAAAUUAUUAUGCCUAUAGCAACUGAGUUUAACCCUCAACUAGUAUUAAUCUCGUGUGGAUUUGAUGCUGCGAUUGGAUGUCCAGAAGGUAGAAUGUGGUUAAGUCCUAUGGUCUUUGGUCAUUUUGUACAUGAAUUAAAAUCUCUUGCUGGAGGCAAAGUUGUUGUUGUCCUUGAAGGUGGAUAUUUUGUGGAUAGCCUAGCUGAAGGAAUAGUUCAUGUUUUGAAGGGAUUACUCGGCGAUCCAUUAUCCCCAAUACAGUUGAUUCGACCACCUUGUAAAAGCGUUAAACAUACUAUUGAAUUAUGCACAGUUGCAUUACGUAACCAUUGGAAAAGUAUCGGAUAUCAAGAUGUUUCUAAAACUAUACCACGUCCAAGUUUAAAACAUCUACCCAUUAUGUCAUGGUCACUCAUGAAAGUGAUUGCCUGGCCUGAAACAAAUCCUCAAUUACCCAGAGUAUUAACCAAACAAAUUCAAAAGUUAUUGGUGAAACACUUUCCAGCACCAUUAGCAAUACCAAUUGACAGUCAUGGAGGUAAUCUUAAGUUGACCUUAGUUUUGAUACCAUCGUCAUCUUCAUCACUAUCGUCAUCAUCGUCUUCAUUGGUAUCGUCAUUAUCAGUAUCAUCUUCUUCUGCUGCUGCAUCAACGCCAUCUACUAUAAUUGUUAAGCAGAAAGGUGUUAGUCGAAAAAGACAACGACAGCAAGAACAACGAAAUUCUGCUACUCAUAGCUUAUUACAGAAACUGAGUGAACAGGUUCAUAUACAUCUCUAUGAUGAACAUGAUUUACUCACAACAGAUUAUCACUCUCGGGGACCAACUAAGAAGUCACGAGUCAUGGAAUUUUCUCGAUCAACCUACACUCAACAGUUGGCAGUUACUAGACAUAUUAAUCAAACUAAUGACGAUCAUAUCGAUGAUAUCCAGUCAAUGAAACAGUUUCCAUCAGUUGAUAAAAAUGGAAAGCCAUUGAAAGUUUUACAAAAUGAUCAAUCCAGUCGGAGUUCAAGCUUUAAUUUCAGCAUUAAUGCAAGAGUUUCAUACGCUUUAUAUUGCUGGCAGCUCGUGACUUUCUUACAUUUGAUUGAAGCUGUAACACAAAUACCUCUCAAUUUCUUAUCAAAUUAUCGUGAAGGAAUAUUUCGACCACGUUAUUUCCAACCAAAUCGGAGCAAUAGUAAUGGCAAUAGUGGUAAUAAUGUUAAUAAUGAAUUGACAAAUACAUUUCGACAAUUGAAGGGUAAAUCACUAACUAACAGUCCGUCGAUUAAAAAUGAAACACUGAGGCAGUUGGUAAAUGUUUACUCAUAUCCCCAUGAAUCAAUUGCUCCAUCUGCUAAAAUAACAUCUUCAUCUUGUCUACCACCUUCAGCAUUAUCAUCAGUAUCACCAUCUUGCUUGCCAUCAUCAAAAACUACAUCGUCAUCUUCUCCAUCAGCGACAUCGUCUUUCUCAUCACCAUUAAAAAAUGAUAACAACUCCUACGAAAAAUCAACUGUUUACCAUUUCAUCAAAUCUGAAGAUUUCUACACUAAACCAUGUCGUCUACUGGUUCUUGAUAUAAGUGGAGUUAACGAUUUGGAAAAUAUUAAUCUACAACAAGAAAUUAAUUCAUUACCAGGACCAUUAUCACAAAAUAUUCAAUGCGAUUUAAUUUGGUGUUCAGUCUAUCAUGGUGAAUCGGCGCAUCAAUUAAUUAAAAAACCAAAUGAAUUACGUGCUAAAGAAUUGCAUAAUGCUGGUUCAACAUCCAGGUAUAAAGAUCGUAUCAACAACUUGACUUGGCUUAAAAUUCCUAUACCAACGAAAACAAACUCAUCAUCAUUAUCGAGGAGAACACUGACCAACCUUGAAACAGUAGAUCGUAAAGGCAAGAAAAAUACAUCACCAACAGCAAGUGAUAGUAAUACAAGCGCAGUUAGCUUACUUUCAAUAAUUUAUCACAUUAUUCUACCAAUAUCUUAUGAGUUUGGACCAGAUUUAGUAUGUUUAUUGAUUGGAUCCUAUGAAGAUAAUCAGGUUUUAAUUACACCAGAUACAAUAGCAAGAAUAAUUUAUCUGUUGAAUGGUUUAGGAGCAGUUGUAUUAGUAGGCGGAACUACAGAACAAUUAUGUUGUGAAUAUAUUGUACAAAGUCUUCUUGGAAAACCUUUACCAGUUGGAUUUAACGAAUUAGAUCCAAGCUCACCAUCAUUUGAGAUAAAACAAGUUAUCCAAAUGAUUAUGCAACAGAAUCAUCAAAGGUGGAAGUCGUUGAAAUUUUCUGGAAGUCUACCAACAUGGGUUUAA